GACGUGGAGGGUCGGAGCGGAGGCUCGGGGGCUGCGGGCCCGGGUGUGAAGUAAAACAAAUGAACACUUCUGAGUCUACCAGUGGAACGAAGAGUCAACCUAACCAGUAUUGAAUAUGUUCACUCUCAGAGGACUGUGCAGCAUGGAUGACUUUGCUGAGGGAGGUCUCAGUUUGGCAGAUGAUAUCUUACUGGAAGAUUACCCUUAUGAGGAUGACUGUAUCUGUACUCCUGACUUUACCACUGAUGAUUAUGUUCGAGUAACCCAGCUUUACUAUGAAGGCAUGGGUAUGCAAUAUAAAGAUUAUGCCCAAAGUGAGAAAAAUUUAGAAUAUGACAUCUGCAAUAUAUGGUGCAGUAAGCCACUCUCCAUCCUGCAAGAUUACUGUGAUGCCAUUAAGCUGUACAUCUUCUGGCCACUUCUCUUUCAACAUCAACACAGUUCUAUAAUAUCAAGAUUGCACCCCUGUGUAGAAGCCAUCCGUUCUCGUGCUGCUGAGAUAAGUUUGAAGAAAUUACAACAUCUUGAGUUGAUGGAAGACAUUGUGGAUUUGGCAAAGAAAGUUGCAAAUGAUUCAUUCCUUAUUGAAGGCUUAUUGAAAAUUGGUUAUAAAAUAGAAAAUAAAAUCUUGGCAAUGGAAGAUGCUUUAAAUUGGAUAAAAUACACAGGUGAUAUAACAAUUCUACCUAAAUUAGGAUCAGUUGACAGUUGCUGGCCCAUGCUAAGUAUUUUCUUUACUGAAUAUAAGUACCAUAUUACUAAAGUUGUAACUGAAAAUUGCAACUUGCUAGAAGAAUUUAGAAGGCACAGUUGCAUGCAGUGUGUGAAGCAAGGAGAACUAAUGAAAAUGAGAGGAAAUGAAGAGUUUUCAAAGGAAAAGUUUGAAAUAGCAGUUAUUUAUUACACCAGAGCCAUUGAAUAUAGACCUGAGAAUCACCUUCUUUAUGGUAACCGAGCCCUCUGUUUCCUUCGCAUGGGGCAGUUCAGAAAUGCACUUAGUGAUGGAAAGAGGGCCAUUGUUUUGAAGAACACCUGGCCAAAGGGUCAUUAUCGUUAUUGUGAUGCUCUUUGUAUGCUGGGGGAAUAUGACUGGGCCCUGCAAGCAAACAUAAAAGCUCAAAAACUCUGUAAAAAUGACCCUGAGGGAAUCAAGGAUCUAAUUCAGCAGCAUGUAAAGUUACAAAAACAAAUAGAAGACCUACAAGGUCGGACAUCAAAUAAGAAUCCAAUUAAAGCUUUUUAUGAAAGCAGGGCUUACAUACCUAGAAACUCAUCAGCACCUGCUUUUAGGACAUCACUUAACUUUGUGGAAACAGAAAGAGCUUUCAGAAAAACUAAGUACAAAAUGGCAAAUGGUGGCAAUCAGAAUCAAAAGGUGGCAGAUGAGGCUUUGAAGGGGGACGAUUGUGACUGUCAUCCUGAAUUUCUGCCACCUCCAAGUCAGCCUCCACGACAUAAAGGAAAACAAAAAUCACGAAACAAUGAAUCAGAAAAGCCCAGUUCUAAUUCAGAAGUGACUUUACAAGUAGAUUUGAAAAACAUUUUGGAGAAACAGUUUUCAAAAUCUUCCAGAGCUGCGCACCAGGACUUUGCUAACAUCAUGAAAAUGUUAAGGAGCUUGAUCCAGGAUGGGUACACGGCCUUGUUAGAGCAGCGCUGCCGCAGUGCUGCUCAGGCCUUUACAGAGCUGCUCAAUGGCUUAGAUCCUCAGAAAAUAAAGCAAUUGAACCUGGCCAUGAUUAAUUAUGUAUUAGUAGUCUAUGGACUUGCUGUUUCUCUCCUUGGAAUAGGACGACCUGAGGAGCUGUCUGAAGCUGAAAACCAGUUUAAGAGGAUUAUCGAACACUAUCCCAAUGAGGGGCUUGACUGCUUGGCCUACUGUGGAAUAGGAAAAGUUUAUUUGAAAAAAAACAGAUUUCUCGAAGCUCUUAAUCACUUUGAAAAAGCAAAGACUUUAAUUAAUCGUCUCCCUGGAAUUCUAACUUGGCCCACAAGUAAUGUGAUUAUUGAAGAAUCUAAGCCAGAAAAAGUCAAGAUGAUGUUAGAGAAGUUUGUUGAAGAGUGCAGGUUUCCCCCAGUGCCAGACGCUGUUUGCUGCUAUCAGAAGUGCCGUGGGUAUUCUAAAAUCCAGAUUUACCUGACUGAUCCAGACUUUAAGGGAUUUAUACGAAUUAGCUGUUGCCAAUACUGUAAAGUAGAAUUUCACAUGAACUGCUGGAAAAAGUUAAAAACAACAACCUUUAAUGAUAAAAUUGACAAGGAUUUUCUACAAGGAAUUUGUCUCACUCCUGACUGUGAAGGAAUCAUUUCUAAGAUUAUCAUCUACAGCAGUGGAGGUCAAGUUAAGUGUGAAUUUGAACACAAGGUCAUAAAAGAAAAGGUGCCUUCAAAACCUGUUCUGAAACAGAAGUGUUCUAGCCUAGAGAAGUUAAGACUGAAAGAAGACAAAAAAUUGAAGAGAAAGAUCCAAAAACAAGAGGCAAAAAAGUUAGCACAAGAAAGAAUGGAGGAGGACUUCAGAGAAAGUAAUCCACCUAAAAAUGGAGAGCCAGAAGAGACUGGAGACAGUGCUCAGAGUUGUCAGUUUCUUGAUGACAGAAUCCUGCAGUGCAUAAAGCAGAAUGCCGAGAAGAUCAAAUCUGUUGUAUUGAAUACAUCUACACUUCUCAAAGAGCUGCUCUCUUGGAAGGUUCUGAGCACGGAAGACUACACAACAUGUUUUUCUAGCAAAAACUUUGUCCAUGAAGCUGUGGACUAUGUUAUUGGUCACUUGAUCCAAGAGAAGAACAGAGUAAAGACACGGGUCUUUCUGCAUGUGUUGAGUGAGCUGAAAGAGUUAGACCCCAAGUUGGCUCCCUGGAUCCAGAGACUGAAUAGUUUUGGCUUAGAUGCCACAGGACCCUUUUUCACUCGGUAUGGAGCAUCUCUCAGGGAGCUUGACUUUAACAUCGUGACUUUCCUCUGGAAUGAGAAAUACGGCCACAAACUGGGUUCUAUAGAAGGAAAGCAUUUUGAUUAUUUCUGUGAUCCAGCAUCAGUAAUGGAAGCACGCUGCUUAAUUUGGCUGCUGGAAGAGCAUAGGGACAAGUUUCCAGCCUUGCACAGUGCUUUAGACGAGUUCUUUGAUAUAAUGGACAGCCGAUGCACUGUGCUAAGGAAGCAAGAUAGUGAUGAAAUGCCGUUUGGUUGUAUCAAGGUAAAAAACAAAGGCAAGAAAAAGAAGCCAAAAGAUUCAAAGCCAAUGUUAGUGGGAUCUGGAACCGCAUCAGUAACACCAAGUAGUGAGACUGUCGCUCCAGAGGACCAUAACAGGCGCAAUUCAGAUUCUGCAGGACCAUUUGCAGUGCCUGACCACCUUCGGCAGGAUGUGGAAGAAUUUGAAGCUCUUUAUGACCAGCACAGCAGCGAGUAUGUUGUCCGAAAUAAGAAGCUGUGGGAUAUUAACCCCAAACAGAAAUGUUCUACUCUGUAUGAUUACUUCUCUCAGUUGUUGGAAGAGCACGGCCCCUUGGAUAUGAGUGACAGGAUGUUCUCUGAGGAAUAUGAGUUCUUCCCCGAAGAAACUCGACAGAUACUGGAGAAGGCAGGAGGGCUGAAGUCGUUCCUCUUGGGCUGUCCUCGCUUUGUUGUGAUCGACAACUGCAUUGCAUUGAAAAAAGUUGCCUCAAGACUCAAGAAGAAAAGAAAGAAGAAAAACAUUAAAACUAAAGUUGAAGAAAUUUCAAAAACGGGAGAAUAUUUACGAGUUAAACUACCACUGAAUCCAACGGCUAGGGAAUUUCAGCCAGAUGUAAAGUCAGAAGCAGUGUCUGAGGAUGUGAAGUCCACACCAGGACCUGUUGACUCUUCAACACCAGCUUUGGAGGAUCUGAAACCCCAGCUGGACUCUGAUAGCUCUUCGGGGUCAGCUUCGGAGGACAGCAGACUGGAAAUGGUCUCUCCUGACUCUCCAACACCACUCUGUGAAGAUGUUUCUCCUUCCCCCACACCAGCUCCUGAAGAGGCCAAACCAACAUACUGGGCUCAGUCACACUUGGUCACAGGAUUCUGCACAUACCUUCCUUUUCAAGGAUUUGGCAUCACCCAGUCGCAGCCAGCGUACAUUAACAUGGUACCGAGCCUGUCCCAGUUCACUAGCAUUUACACACCUUUGGCCAACAUUUCUUCUGAGUAUCCAAUGCAAAGAUCCAUGCCAAUGGUACCAUCUUUUGUAGCCAGCAACAGAGUGGAUGAAAAUGCCACUGCAUACUUUGAGAGUCAUAAUCUGAAUCCUGAGAACAACUCUGGUGACCACAUUACCUCUGAAACACAGAUCCUGGAGGAGUCUUUGGGUAUGUGUAUAAAGUCCCAGAGCAGCACAACUGAUGCUAAUCCAGCUCUGAGUGAGUCUGAAGGGAACAGCAGACACAUUGGGAGCUCUGACAGUGGGAGCUCUGACAGCCUGUGGGAAGCUCCUCUAGAAAAUGUCAGUGGAAUAGCAGAUGUUCCACCCGCUCCAUCGGUUGCCAUACAGGUGUCUAGAAGCAUGAUACAUCAGGAAGUCAAUACUGAGCCAUAUGAACCAUUUGAAACACAACCGGGGGACCUUUCCCAGAAGGAAAAAGAGUGCCGCCUGCUCAGAGAGCAGCUUAAGGUGGUGUGUGAGAGCUGCGAGCAGGUAGAACUCAGGAGCUCACAAGAGAUCACGGGCCUGGAGGGAAAGCUGCAAAGGCACACGGAGGAAAGCCAGAUCUCAAAGACGGAAUUAGACUGGUUCCUCCAAGAUUUGGACAGAGAGAUUAAAAAGUGGCAACAAGAGAAAAAAGAAAUCCAAGAAAGAUUAAAGGCCCUGAAGAAAAAAAUUAAAAAGGUUAUCAAUAACAGUGAAAUGUCUACCCAGAAAAAUGAUGGAUUAGAUAAGGAUUGUGAACCACAUCCGGAUCAAUCCCUUGGAAUCAGUGCCCUCACAGAUGAGAAGGCAAAAGUAGAAGAGUCUGUCAGGAAAGGGAAAGAGCUUUAUGAGGAGAGUCACCAGAGAGCCGUGGCUGCAGAGGUAUCUGUGCUUGAAAACUGGAAGGAGCGAGAAGUGUGCAAACUACAGGGUGUGGCAUCACAAUCAGAGGCCUAUCUUAAAAGCCUCAAGCUGAUGAGCAGUGAUUCUGCAACAUAUCCUGAUGUGGAAUAUGAUAUACUUUCAUGGGAAUCAUUUCUUUCUGGCUCUCGACUCAGUGACCUCUCCAGUGUGCCGAUUUCUGAGCUUUCAUUUCCUGCUUGUACAAUGAUCAAUCCUCAGUUACUCUCUGAGUCUUCAGGCCACGAGGAUCACGGACUGUUGGCUUGUGUAGACAGCAUGACUGGAGCAGUCCUCAACGAUCCUCACGUGGAGCCUGCUAGUGGCUGCCCAGAGGAGGUUCCGCAACUGUCUCUGGGAUCACCCACCCAUCAGCCAGAAGUUACUCAGCAGCUUGAGCUCAAGAGGGCUAGCCAGCUGUCUCCAUCAGAACAGAGCCCUGAGGCUGACGAGAAACUCUCUGGACAGGCUACUCGGUCAAGCCAGUCUCCAAAAAAGCCUUCCAACAGUAUUAUUGAACACCUGUCAGUGAUAUUCCCAUGUUAUGCCAGCACUGAGCUUGCUGGUUUUAUUAAAAAAGUUAGAAACAAAAGCAAGAACUCAUUUUCGGGAUUAAGUAUUGAGGAGAUUGCUGAGAAAGUGACAGAACACAUUCUCGAUGAACAAAAGAAGAAAAAGCCAAAUCCAGGAAAAGACAAGAAGACAUCUGAGGCUCAUUCUGCUGCCUCUCUGGCCACGUCCUCCCAGAGUCCACCCUUGGCAGCUGCUGGCCCAUCAGCUAAAACCAGAGGCCAGAAAAAAGAUGAUGUCCCUGCACCAGAUGGAAAUUCCUGUGAGAUAUGCCAUGAAAUAUUCAAGUCAAAAAACAUGCGUGUGCUAAAAUGUGGUCACAAGUUUCACAAAGGGUGCUUUAAGCAGUGGUUGAAAGGGCAGAGCACGUGCCCCACCUGUGGCAGCAGUGACCUGCUGUCAGAAGAGUAACCUGUUGUGCCAUCGUCACAGACCCAUCCCUUGAGAAGAUGGGAACCUCCUUCCUGGUGUUGUAGGUAGUCACUCCUCACUAAUGCACCGUGCACUUCAUGAGUUAACAACAGUGUCCUGUUACCAGUGUAAAACAGCAAACAUGGGAAGCUCUCACAUUGUGCUCACAAAGCUAACAAACGGAAAUCUGGAAUGCAGUCUGUCCCAAGUUCCAGGCAAGUGACAGCCAUGUGUGUCUGCAGUGCUCUGUCACCAUGGUCCUGCGUUGUUGGGGCUGCAGCAGGGAUACUCUGAGAUGAGUAGCUUCUUUGGAAAGAACUGUUGAGCUCCUCAAAGCAGUACUCAGACUGUAAAGGUUCUUA